AAACACAUGAUGAUGGUGAUUGAGUUGUUAGCUGAUCAACAACUUUGACUAACCAUUUUAGCUUCCCCUCCUCGUGCAAAUCGCCUACCACCAUGCCCCACAUUAUUAGACACCAACUAACCAGCUAAACCACCCCUCUCUCUUACAAGACACAACCUUGCUGAGUUGCUGUUGUCUGAUCAUCUUUGAUUUGAAUUGUUGAAAUGGCUAGAAAGAAGAUAAGAGAGUAUGAUUCUAAGAGACUUUUGAAAGAGCACUUGAAACGUCUCUCUGGUAUUGAUCUUCAGAUCUGCUCUGCUCAGGUGACAGAAGGUACAGAUUUCACUGAGUUAACAAAUAAAGAGCCAUGGCUUUCAUCUACAAAAUUGGUUGUGAAGCCUGACAUGCUAUUUGGGAAGCGUGGGAAGAGUGGUUUGGUAGCUUUGAAUUUAGAUCUAGCUCAAGUUGCUGAAUUUGUGAAAGCACGCCUUGGUGCUGAGGUUGAGAUGGGUGGCUGUAAGGCACCAAUAACUACCUUCAUUGUUGAACCAUUUGUUCCACAUGACCAAGAGUUUUACAUCUCAAUUGUCUCUGAAAGACUCGGCAGCACUAUUAGCUUCUCAGAAUGUGGGGGUAUUGAAAUUGAGGAGAACUGGGAUAAGGUUAAAACCAUAUUCCUCCCAACUGAAAAACCAAUGACACUGGAAGCAUGUGCUCCAUUGAUUGCUACACUUCCUUUGGAGAUUCGAGGAAAAAUCGGUGAUUUCAUCAUCGGUGUCUUUUCUGUAUUUCAAGAUCUGGACUUCAGUUUUCUAGAAAUGAAUCCAUUUACACUGGUGAAUGGGGAACCAUAUCCACUGGAUAUGAGAGGAGAAUUGGACAACACUGCUGCUUUCAAGAACUUCAAGAAAUGGGGUAAUGUAGAGUUUCCUCUGCCUUUUGGAAGAGUUCUGAGUUCUACCGAAAGCUUCAUUCAUUCUCUGGAUGAAAAGACAAGUUCAUCUUUGAAAUUCACUGUUUUGAACCCAAAGGGACGUAUCUGGACAAUGGUUGCUGGAGGUGGUGCCAGUGUUAUAUAUGCUGAUACUGUUGGAGAUUUGGGUUAUGCAUCAGAGCUUGGCAACUAUGCAGAGUAUAGUGGAGCUCCAAAUGAGGACGAGGUCUUGCAAUAUGCAAGAGUUGUCAUUGAUUGUGCCACUUCUGACCCUGAUGGUCGCAAAAGAGCCCUUCUUAUUGGAGGAGGCAUCGCUAACUUCACUGAUGUUGCUGCUACUUUCAAUGGUAUUAUACGAGCACUGAGAGAGAAGGAAUCCAAGUUAAAGGCUGCAAGAAUGCACAUCUAUGUCCGAAGAGGUGGUCCAAACUAUCAGACUGGUUUGGCCAAGAUGCGCACUCUAGGAGAGGAACUGGGAGUACCUCUUGAGGUUUAUGGGCCAGAGGCCACAAUGACAGGCAUCUGCAAGCAAGCCAUUGAUUGCAUCAUGUCUACGGCAUAGUCAACCAAUUCAAUUUUUCCUUUGUCAAUGUGAGUGAAGAAAAUGUAUUGUGGCAAGUUGUGUUGAGAAAAUAAUUUAGCGUAGAAGGCGUAAGCUGGAUUGAAUUGUUGUAUACUUGGCGUCAAAUUCCCCCUUAUGAUAAACAAUCUUGGAUCCUUGUUUUGAAAUAUGCAUGACACGGUUUCGACUCCGUAAAUUGGCAGCUUACCAAUUUAUUGUUUGAGCAAUCAAAUCACUUUGCUAUUUUCCUAUGAAA